CGUUCUGUUCGAAGCGGCCAAUCGCUGGCCAAAGUGGCAAGUUUAAAUCCUGAAUAGUUGGCCGCGUUGGAGUCAGAACGCGAGAAGCGGAGGCUGAGUGAGUGGCUUGUCCCCAGCUAUAGCUGAAGCAGAAAGAGCUUCUCGCGGCACUCCAUCCUGAUGGCUCAGUUCUUAUUUGAAAGUGACUUGCAUGGACUGUUGAAGCUGGAUGCCCCCAUACCCAAUGCACCUCCUGCCCGAUGGCAGCGCAAAGCCAAGGAGGCCACUGCUGCUAGCACUGUACCUGUUACAGAUACCACAGCUCCUUCACCCAUGAAACCUGCUAACAGGCCCCGUAGUACCAGCAAAACCCCCUCCAAAACACCAGGCAAAUCAGGUUCAAAAGGACAAAACACGCCAAACAAAACUGGAGGGGACAGAUAUAUCCCCAAUCGCAGUGCUAUGCAAAUGGAUGUGGCCAACUUCCUCAUAACCAAAGAGGAUUCCUCCGAUGACACUCCUACCAAGAAGGAGCAUCAGAAGGCCUGGGCAAUGAAUCUUAAUGGUUUUGAUGUAGAAGAGGCAAAAAUCCUACGGCUGAGUGGAAAGCCCCAGAAUGCCCCUGAAGGAUACCAAAAUAACCUCAAAGUUCUUUAUAGCCAGAAGAACACACCAGGCUCUACUCGGAAGAAUGGAAGAUACAUAGCAUCCAUGUCAGACCGGAUUCUGGAUGCUCCAGACAUCCGCAACGACUACUAUCUUAACCUAAUUGAUUGGAGCUCGCUGAACUUUCUGGCUGUGGCAUUGGAUAAAACAGUCUAUUUAUGGAACUAUGAUUCCCGAGAAAUAAUCCAGUUAAUGCAGAUGGAACAUCCAGAUGACUAUAUCUCAUCAGUGUCAUGGAUCAAAGAGGGAAACUAUCUUGCAAUUGGUACAAGUAAUGCAGAGGUCCAGUUGUGGGACAUCCAGCAAAAGAAGCGGCUACGAAACAUGGUCAGUCACUCAUCCCGUGUGAGCUCCCUGAGUUGGAACAACUAUAUCUUGUCCAGUGGGUCAAGGACUGGCCAUAUACAUCACCAUGAUGUUCGUGUGGCAGAGCACCAUGUGGCAACACUAGCUGGCCAUACACAAGAAGUGUGUGGGUUAAAGUGGGCACCUGAUGGCCGUUACAUAGCCAGCGGGGGGAACGACAACCUGGUAAACAUAUGGCCAGCUGCCCAAGGGGACAGUGGCUCCCUGCAUCCUGUGCAGACUUUCACACAGCAUCAGGGAGCUGUUAAGGCUGUGGCUUGGAGCCCAUGGCAGUCCAAUGUGCUAGCAACAGGAGGAGGAACAAGUGACCGGCACAUCAGGAUAUGGAAUGUGUGCUCUGGUAGCUGCCUCAGUGCAGUAGAUGCACAGUCCCAAGUAUGUGCAGUACUCUGGUCUACAAAUUACAAGGAACUUGUUUCUGGUCAUGGCUUUGCCCAGAACCAGCUUGUGGUGUGGAAAUACCCAUCCAUGUCCAAAGUUACUGAGCUGAAAGGUCACACUGCCAGAGUAUUAAGCCUAACCAUGAGUCCAGAUGGAUCUACAGUGGCAUCUGCAGCAGCAGAUGAAACUUUGAGGCUCUGGCGCUGCUUUGAACUAGACCCUGUACGGAAGAAGGAGAAAGACAGCAGUACCAAGAGCAGCAUAAUCCACCAAGGCAUUCGCUGAGUCCAGUUGAACCCUCUUCCAACCUAUUGCUUUUUGUACAGAAUUUUAAACAAUAAAUAUUUCACUUUCCCUCGAAAUGGUGUUGGUAUAUGGGUUGGUGUCUGGAGUAGAGUAUAAGCCACAAAGUGAUAUGAGAAAUUGCCUUUUAAUGUAUGAUAGAUAUCUGUAAGGACAUGGGCUGUAAACAAUUGUAUGAAACAAAUAAACCAGUAA